AUGUCAAACAAACCAAAGAUUCGUUUUUUGGGUGCCCCAUGUCCCCAAGCACUCGCUGAAGAGGUGCAGGAGAGACCAGCCCCACACUAGAAGACUAUGGACCUCACUUGGAGUCAAGGCUGGUUGAUUCCCAAGGAAACCAUUAGAGAUGCCCAAACAGAUGAUGCAUGUGGUACAAUGGUUAGUGGAAGAACACAAUCUGCAGUUACCUCUGAGAGAGCACUUGAAAGUACAUUGGAUAAAACGGAAACAUCACAGGAUGACAGCACUCCAUCAGGCUGCCAGUGCUCUCAAUCCAAGGAAAAGUCUGUUGAAGAAAAGGAGUUGUGUCCUGUAUUUGUGACAAAAAACCUAUACAGUAGUUGCUUCCCCUGCUCACAUACUAGUUUAAAUAGACAUGGCAGAGAUGAAAGGCCUACAUCACCUGAUUCAACAGAGACUGAGUAUUUGAGUACAUGAACAAAGUCCCAAGCCUUGCUUCUUCGAGGUAGAGUGUCCCGAUGUCCAACUUCUGGUUUUCUUGAAGACUUUCUUUUUGGUUCUCCAAACACCCCUCCCAAACAAACGCCCUCAGCCUCUAUAAGUUCCCCAGAAUUCUACAGUCCUGUGGUCAGCCCUGAAGAGAGGGGCUUGGGGGGAAUCUUGCAAAGCUCAGGAGAGUGGCAUAAUGAGAGUCUAAGUCAAAGACAGCAGGAGAGAGGGCAUCCUGACGGCAUGCUCUGCUCUCAGGGUAAUGCUAUGGCUGAAAAACAUGUGGAUCAUGAGGAAGUUGGGCUUGAUAUUGACUCACCAACUACGUUUGCACAGACUUCACCUAGUCCCACUACUUAAAAGGUGAAGUUGUCUCAGUCUGUCAGUAAAUCUAAAGAAACAACAGAGCAGAGGGCAAGAAGUACUGCUGCCCCCCUCUGUGGUGCUACAACCCUGCUGGCCAGGUGUAAGACUGAUGGUGUACGAUAUGCCAUCUUGGUUGCUGUGGUGCAUCCAUGCCACUUAAAAGAGGUCAAAGUGAAAACUGGAGCUUCAGCUGGAACCAGUGUGCCUCUAGCAACACUGAUAGUUACAGACCUAUCAGAUGUGGAGAUGAAGAUGGUGCUAUGGAGGACAGCGGCUUUUUGGGCUCUGACAGUUUUUCCAGGAGAUAUUCUGCUAAUUACAGAUGUGACAGUGCACAUAGACAAGUGGAAGACUGAGGCUGUCCUGCAGUCGUCCUUCGCCAGUAAGCUGCUGAAUUUGGGACAGAUCACAAGGGAACAUACAUGUCUAGCCCCACAGAAUUUGAACUGUCAUAAAUUGAGAACGCUGUGCACUCAUCUGUGUGAGGAGCGCCCCCUGUUGGUGUCUCUGCCUCCUCACAAGCCUCAGGAUUUGUUCUCCAUUCCCUUCAUCCGCCUCGGAGCAUUACGUCCUGACACACUGGUUCGUGCUCUGCUUAGGGUUAAACACUGGAAAUUAAUCACAGCUUGGUGUGAUGAAGCAGAGGGGCUAUCCAGAUCAGAUGGUGUACUAAAAGCCAUUUUGAAUGUGGUGCAAGGAAAUGGUCACCAAGGUGCUGUUAUACAUUGGGGACCUACUCUCUCUCGGCUGCAGCAUUUGGAGAGGAACAAAGAUGCUGUGUGGGAGUUCAGGUUGCUGCUACCCAUGCCUGCCACACACAGGAGUGCGUCACUACUGUAGGUCUGAUCUCUUCUUCUGUCUCAUGCAAAGUAUGUACAUAC